AAUGGUUUCUUUAUAUUGAAGAAGUUAGAUUUUUAAAAACAUAGUUUGCGAUGAGUUUGUGAGGAAUAAAAGGAAUAAAUCACUUGACGCAAUUAAGUAACAGAAAUGAAAUUACUGAAGAACGGUUUUGUGUUUUUUCUACACGUUGUAUUUAUCACUUUCGCGCAUGUUAAUGGUCAAACUUGGAAUGCUUAUCGGUCUGCUUAUGAAACAAUAUACAACCACUAUUACAAUAAUGGUACCAGUCUCAUUGACAUUGUACCUAUUGUCAACCAAAGCAAUCCGAUGACGGUGCAAAUGGGGCUCGCUUUGAACUCGCUGAACGGGUUCGAUGCCGUCCUUGGGCAAAUUGACAUUAGCGGCAGUAUGAAGCUACAAUGGACCGAUGAAGUCGUUUUUACCACUUACACCUCUCUUGCCGGAAAUUCGUUGGAUGCCAUUCUCAUAGAUUACGACAAAGCCUGGUCCCCGUCAUUAGUGCUAGUCAACGCGGUUGAUACGGUUAAAAAUAUAGGAGAUACAACGUACAAGCUGAUGUACAACCCUGAUGACCAAACGGUAAAAUGGGAACCAAGAAUUUUGCUCCGCGGUUCGUGUACUCCGGAUGUUACGUAUUACCCGUUUGAUAGGCAAGUGUGUGACUUCACAUACACGGCAUGGGGCUACAUGUCCGAAGAAAUCCGCCUGCAAAUUAUGACGACAGAAUGGGAUAUGUCCGACUACGAGAAGAAUGGUGUAUGGAAGGUCAUCUCAACAAACUCGGAAAUCUACCAGUAUGGAGGGUCUGAUUACGUCAAAUUUGAGAUUACAAUUCAAAGACAACCUCUGUACUUCACCUUCAAUAUCGGACUUCCCAUUUUAUUACUGGGACUUUUAAACGGUUUUGUAUUCUUGCUACCGGCCGAGAGCGGGGAACGAAUUGGAUUCUGUAUCACGUGUUUCCUGUCGUUCGUGGUCCUGAUGCAGACGACAAUGCAAUUUCUGCCGCAGAUCGCGAGCCCGAUGUCACUGCUGUGUGUCUACGUUUUUUUGAUGAUGUGCUUCAGCGUAUUCAUCAAUAUUGUCACUGUGCUAAUGUUGAGGAUCUACCAUAAACCAGAAAAGGAGAAGGUAC